AUUUGGUUUAUUCACCAAUUCGAUCAGCAAUGACUUCUUCAAGAUUCAUCAAGUGUGUGACCGUAGGUGACGGGGCGGUUGGAAAGACAUGUAUGCUCAUUUCAUACACCAGCAACACGUUUCCAACUGAUUACGUUCCUACCGUAUUUGACAACUUUAGUGCCAAUGUGGUGGUGGGCGAGAGGACGGUUAAUCUUGGGCUUUGGGAUACUGCAGGGCAGGAGGAUUACAACAGAUUGCGGCCUCUAAGCUAUAGGGGUGCUGAUGUCUUUGUGUUAGCUUUCUCUCUAAUAAGCAAAGCCAGUUAUGAAAACAUAUCCAAGAAGUGGAUAUCCGAGCUAAGAAACUAUGCCCCAACUGUGCCCAUUGUGUUGGUCGGAACCAAGCUAGAUUUGCGUGAUGACAAGCAGUAUCUGAGUGAUCAUCCAAAUGCCAUACCGAUCACAACUUCUCAAGGGGAAGAACUCAAGAAGACAAUAGGUGCAUCCGUUUACAUAGAAUGCAGUUCGAAGACUCAACAGAAUGUGAAGGCUGUGUUCGAUGCUGCAAUUAGAAUUGUUCUUCAACCAACGAAAUCGAAGAAGAAGAGAAAGAAGCUACGAUUAUGCAUUUAUUUGUAGACCCAUUACAAGUAAUAAAUAAAAAGUUUAUUUUUCAUAUGAAUUCCUGUUUGUAAUAGGAAUUAUUAUGUUUACAUAUUUUUUGGUUGCUAAUUGUGUAAGACAACGAAUAUAGUUAUUUAAAUGUAGAAGUAUGAAAACUUUAUUUUACUUUUUGUUUGA